AUGGCCCAGAGCAUGGUUUAUGCUGACCUGAGGUUUGCCAAAGUGAUGGGGGGACGGAGCAUGGCCAACCAGGCACUGGAGGCAGCCCUUGGCAUGGAUGAGGCAGAGAGCCCCCAUGAGAACACGCAGCCGGUGGUGGCAGGGCAGGAUGGGGAUGGGGCCCAGCCCGGCACAGGCCACUGGUCCUGGCGGUGGUGCAUCCCAGUGGGGCUGCUGGCAACCUGCCUGCUGCUGGUGGCCACUGUGGCCCUGGGGGCUUGCUACUGGCAGGUCACCCGCAGCCUGCAGGAAACCUCCCGCGACCACGAGGCCGAGCAGGGCCGCCUGUCACAGGAGCUGAGCGCUCGGGAGCAGAGCCUGGAGCAGGCACAGCUGGAGCUGGCAUGGGCCAGAGCGGAGCUGCAGCGAGCGUGGCGCGAGGGCAACAUCAGCCAGCGGGAGCUGGAGAGCCGGAACACUGAGCUGGGGUACGUCAAGGGGGUCCUGGUGAAGACACAGAAGGAGAUGCAGGAGGUGCAGGGGAAGCUCAACAACAGCGAGAACACCGUGGCUCUGCUGCGCUCCUGCACAGCUAUAGACUGCUGCCCUUCUGGCUGGCUGCUGUACAGGGGCAAGUGCCUCUUCAUAUCCUCGGAGAAGAAGACAUGGGAGGACAGCAGAGAUGAGUGUGAGAAAACAUAUUCUCAGCUCCUGAUCACCAAAUCCUGGACUCGCUGGACUGUGCCGACCUUCCUGAAGAAUGCUGAUAUCCCAUAUUGGAUAGGACUGCAGAAGAGCAGUUUCCCCUGGUAUGACUAUGGCUGGCUGGAGGAAGAGGACCCAGAGGGCAAGGGGCCCUCUGAUGCCUGGUUCUGGGUAGAUGGCUCCCUUUAUGAAAGGCCAUGGCAGUCAAAGUCAAAUGGGUCCUGUGCCAUAAUAAGCCGUGGAAACAUCAAACCUGCCCAGUGCACCGGCCCGAAGGACCUGCACCUCUGGAUCUGUGAGAAGGAGGCGGGGCCAAGCUCCCCUUUCAUGGCAUGA